CCUCCUCUUCCCGACGUGUUUGCACACUGGAAUCAGUCGUUAAAAACGCUAGAAGGAAGGGAGUGCCAUACGGGAACAGCGACAAGGGAGCCUUUUUAAAAAAAAAAAAAAAAGCAAAAAAGGUUGUGCAACAUAAUCCAUCGCAGCAGCGAUUUUGAUGCAAGCUCAAAGACAAAGGAACACCAAACUUGGCUGGUGUGGAGCUCAGAGCAGAAAUAAGAGGCUUUAGGAGACUCGUGCUCGGCUCAGCGUCAGCCGCGUUUCCACCGCUUUUUUCCCCCUUGUACGCGUAAAAAGCAGCAGAGGAAAAGAAACUUUUUGGGCACAUUUUACGCACUGGAUCUUUUUUACAUCAACAACUCCCCGCUGCAUCUUGACAUAUUAUCAAACGUCUCGAUCACUGACGGACCUAAGCCUUUAACGGGUUCUUACCAAAUAUAGCCACUGUAAAUGCUGGAGUGUCCUUGACGGAGCGGAACGGUCCUAGAUAGAAUAUUUGCAGCGCUGCCAAAGUUUAUAAUUAAAUACUCAGAUCACUCUUGAGUCGUCGGAGGUUUUCUUUACAAAUACAUCUAGUCUAAUUUGUAAAUUGGACACUUGGUGUGUGGAUAUUUAAGAAGCUGGCGCGGUUUUUAUAUUUUUAUUCCUAUUUGGAGCCGCAGCAUGUUGAUUUAAAGCCGCUCUGUAGUCUAUGAUUGCUCCCAACAGAAGCCAUUUUUAAGUCUUUGAUUUACAAUCCUGUCUGAGUCACUGAACACGAGCUGCUCAACCUGCUCUGGAUUGCAGCAUUAACCUGAGCACAUAGAUUUUUUUUUCUUUCCUUCCUCCCCCCCAUUGUUCUCAGAUCUCCCUCACAGUGACUUUUUUUUGUGCGUCUCGCUCUGGGCGCGGUGGAUGUGCCAUGGCUCGGUUUUUCCUCACCAUCUACGCCCUGGUGCUCGGCAUGACGGUGGCUUGGGCUGGAGCCGGACAUAACCCGGCCAAGCCGACCGGGGAGAGCCCUCCGCCGGUCACCCUCCGCACCGUGAUCACGGGAACCUGCCAGGAGGUCCAGCGAUACGCGGAGUCGGUGUUGGGAGCCGGCAUGGUGCGGUCAGUCGCUGAGAGUGCUGUGUUGUAUCUUGAGUCAUUGCUUGGUCAGGAGAACGUCUAUAAAGUGGCCAUGUUUUUCGAGAUGGUGAUCCGAUUCCUGGCUGAAGGAGCUGCCAGUGGCCUGAACGUCAUUGCUGUUUACGUCACAGAGAUCCUCAGGGUCACAGGAUUCGAUGCUGCACUGACGUUGCCCCGAUUCACCCCGGAGGGCGUGGCCGCAGUCGCCCAGUGGGGUCUGCUGGCUCUUAUCGGCUACUGGGUGCUGACCAUCGUCCUCCGUCUGCUGAUUGCUGUGGUGAGGCGGGUGUUCUGGGUGGUGAAAACCGUCUUGGCGCUCUGGCUUUUUGGACUGAUGGUGACCGACAAGACGGCCAGUGCGGAAACCACGGCGGUUCGGGUGGCCGGCCUGGUGCUGGCAUGCGUCCUGCUGACUCUGCUCACAUCUGCCUCUGAAAAGUCAGGUGCAGUGGAGCACCGGCUGAGCUCCCUGGAGGGCCGGCUGAAGGCAGUAGAGAAGAGGAAAGGCGAAUAGUGAUGGGAGAAGGUGGAGAGGAGUAAGGAUGGACAGAGGUGAUGGUAAUGCCGGUUAAGAAAAUAAUGACAUUGAUGGUUUCUAUAUGUGUGUCAAACUAUUGUGGUAAAUAAAGUAACCACUGGGAUUUUUAA